AUGACGAUCUUUUUUUCAUUCUUCACUUAUCAAAUUCGAUCGACACAUCCCAAAAUCGCAAGAUCAGCCUGUGUAUCCAUCAGACCUUCACCUACCACCUCCUCCGAACUCGUUUGUCCCAUUUGUAACGGUGGGUUCCUAGAGGAAUACGAAAACCCUAACCCUAGGCCGGAAACCCCAAAUCCUUUUCUCGCCUUCGAAGAUCCUUCGCCUUUCUCCUCUUUCUCAUCUGGCUUCCCGCUCGUUUUCUCCACCACUUUCCGUGCCGGCGCUGGGAGUGGCGAUUUCCAGAAUCCCAAUGAUCUAUCGGCACUCUUUGGUGGUCCGAUGUCUCGACCUGGUGGUGUCCAGAAUGCUGGAGAGUUUAAUCCUUUUGCAUUUCUACAGAAUUAUCUCAACACCUUACGAGCAGGUGGGGCGAACAUCCAGUUUGUUAUUGAAAACAACACAGAUGGAGAUCCGUCGGGGUUUCGUCUCCCAUCGAAUCUCGGUGAUUACUUCAUUGCUCCUGGGUUAGAACAAUUGAUUCAACAGCUUGCCGAAAACGAUCCUAAUCGAUAUGGCACUCCCCCUGCAUCAAAAUCAGCCAUCGAAAACCUUCCUAAUAUGAAGAUCACGAAAAAGUUGUUGGAGUCAGAUUACUCCGAUUGUGCAGUUUGUAAAGAUAGUUUUGAACUUGAUGAGGAAGCGAAACAGUUGCCAUGUAAGCACAUGUACCAUCAGGAUUGCAUUUUGCCUUGGUUGGAGCUGCAUAACUCCUGUCCUGUUUGUCGGUAUGAGUUACCUACGGACGAUCCAAAUUAUGAGAAUAGGUCUCGCCAAGCUUCUAACGGUGGUGGUUCAUUAGGUGUUGCAGCGUCCGGUGGUUUUGAAAUUAAUUCAUAUUGGUUUAUACCUAACCUUUUAAAGUGUUGA